CCCACCAAAGUUCUUUCCGGUGGGUGACUGGUGUUCAGGGAGCUUAUUAUUAAAGGUUGUCGUCUUAAUCUCCAAUAAUAAGGUGUUCCGAUUGGUAGUUGCAAAGGAAAAGAGAGCCAAGUGUAGGAAAUUGCUAAAUUGGUUGCGGACGUGAAAGUUGAAAUCUUGUGCCAAUCUUGAGGUUAAUGUUUUUCAAGAUAAAAGCACUGUGUUGAGCAUCAAAUCAACAAUGACCACAGAAAAAAGUCAAUCGCCUGCCGCUUCUGCUCCUGCUCCAGUCAUAACAUCAUGCCGAAGGAAGAAAUCGGAAGAUGCAACUUUUUUGCAGGAUGUGAAAGAUCACAUUGAUGAGUUCAUAAAUGCUUCCAUGGCUGAACAUAAAACAUGUUUCCAAAAGACAGUCUCAAAGAUGUUUGGAAUGUCCAAGGUUGUUGCACAGAGAAGUGCCGAUAACAAUGGAGUUGAGAGUUCACUAAACCUGCAAACGGUUGUUUCUGAUUAGAAUUAUUAUCAUAAUAGUUGUAACAUGUGUUUGACUUGAUGAUUUUUUGGAAUUUUUGCUCAAUGGAUGUCCUUAUUCUGUACUUAAAGCAAGCGAAUCUGAUGACAUGAUUCUAAUAUAAGUGAAGUAUAUGAACAUCAUAUAAAGUUUUGUAUAAGCAGCAUCCAGUUUGCAUGGACCACUCAAAAGGGAUGACUUGCAGAUGUAUUUUGGCAAAGUUCGUGAAAUUUGCCAAAGGAGAUUCUAUUAUAUGUCUAUUGUUUCUUUAACGCUA